AUGGAAAAAGGAGCAAAAGAGCCUCAAACCAUGAUCCAUGCAAGUUUCCAAGUCAAGAGCAUCAUUUUAUCUCCAAGUGACAAUUCUCGCUAUCGAGCAGGAACGAAGCUUCGGAAGUUUGGCCGCGAACGGAGGAGUUCCCGACGUCCAAAAGUCACGAUCUUGAUAUGGAAAGAUAGAUACUUGAGUCAUGCAUCACGUCGAAGUGGAAUGAAGCCAUUUGGAUCAACCAUAAGGGCCGGAACUUAUUUUCUACCGAGACAUGUCCGCCUCAAAACAAAGGAGUGUCGAGGGUUUCUAGGGUUGGCCGUCAGAGAGAGAAGCCAGAAGAAGCUGCGCCGUCCAGAGGAAGAGAAAGGAGGCGCCGUUCAAGACCCUUAG